AUGUUGAGAAACUCGCUGCUAAGAAAUAGUUUCACUGCUAGACGGUUCCUGGCGACGUCUGUUAAGAACCAGCCCUCGAUCGGGAGAUUCACGGGGAAACCAAACCCUGCCACGGGCAAGUUCGACGUCUCCUUCAUUGAAGGUGACGGGAUUGGCCCGGAGAUUUCACAGUCCGUGAAGGAUAUCUUCAAAGCUGCGGAGGUCCCCAUCAAUUGGGAGUUCUGCGACGUGACUCCGAUCUUCGUCAAUGGGUUGACCACGAUCCCGGACCCUGCGGUCGCGUCCAUCAACAAGAAUCUGAUCGCGCUGAAGGGCCCUCUUGCUACUCCGAUCGGUAAGGGCCACAGGUCCUUGAAUCUGACGCUGAGGAAAACGUUCAACCUAUUUGCAAACGUGAGACCCGCGAAAUCGAUCGAAGGUUUCAAGACUACGUACAGCGACGUCGACCUUGUGCUGAUCAGAGAGAACACGGAAGGUGAGUACUCCGGGAUUGAGCACGUCGUCGCGCCCGGCGUCGUCCAAUCCAUAAAGCUGAUCACAAGGGACGCCUCCGAAAGAGUGAUCAGGUACGCGUUCGAGUACGCGAAGGCCAUCGGCAGACCAAGGGUUGUCGUCGUUCACAAGUCCACCAUCCAGAGACUCGCCGACGGGCUCUUCGUCAACGUCGCCAAGGAGUUGAGCAAAGAGUACCCAGAGAUCAAAUUGGAAACGGAACUGAUCGAUAACACCGUCCUGAACGUCGUGUCCAACCCUGCUGGGUACACUGAUGCGGUCUCCGUGUGUCCAAACCUGUACGGUGACAUCCUGUCCGACUUGAACUCAGGGUUGAGCGCAGGGUCGCUAGGGUUGACGCCAUCGGCCAACAUCGGUAACGAGAUCUCGAUCUUCGAAGCCGUGCACGGGUCCGCCCCUGACAUCGCGGGCCAGAACAAGGCAAACCCUACCGCGCUGCUGUUGUCCUCCGUCAUGAUGUUGAACCAUAUGGGGCUGGUCGACCAAGCGAGCAGGAUCGAAAGAGCAGUGCUGACCACUAUCGCCUCGAGCUCGAAGAACAGGACAGGCGAUUUGGGUGGCUCGGCUACCACUUCGUCCUUCACCGAUGCAGUGAUCAAGAACCUAUAA